AAACUUGAAUGCAUAAAUCAACCCCCCCAUCCUUUGAACACAGAGAAAGCAAAUAAACAUGGCGGCAGCAUCAGAGGGAAGGUCACCAUUGACAUCAGAGAUGAGGUCGCCGAUGCCACUUCUGUACCGGCGGCACUCUAGCGGUCAAAUCAGAAAUCUAGCAUCAAUUUCAAGCAGUCUGUUACCUGCUUUCGGUACAGUUGUGGGUGAAGGCACUCUCAAUUUGAGAAGAUUUGUUAUUGCCCCUUAUGACAGAAGAUACAGGAUGUGGCAAACAUUUCUGGUGGUGUUGGUUGUGUACUCUGCCUGGGCAUCGCCAUUCGAGCUAGCAUUUAGGAAAAUGUCAACCAGUGCACUCAUGCCAAUUGAUUUGGUGGUUGAUGCCUUCUUUGCUGUUGAUAUCAUUCUCACGUUCUUCGUGGCUUACCUGGACAAAUCCACCUAUUUGCUGGUUGAUGAUCAUAAGAAAAUAGCCUUGAGGUACAUCUCACAUCUUUGGUUCCCAAUGGAUGUGGCCUCAACUUUGCCAUUCCAAACUCUAUACAGGCUGUUCACUGGGAAGAUGCACAGGGGUGAUGUCUUUGGCUUCCUCAACUUGCUCAGACUAUGGCGACUCAGGCGUGUCAGUGAAUUCUUUUCUAGGUUAGAGAAGGACACUCGAUUCAGCUACUUCUGGACACGAUACUGUAAAUUAAUAUGUGUGACACUCUUUGCUGUACACACAGCAGGUUGCUUCUACUACUGGCUAGCAAUACACUAUCGGGUGGCAGAUAAUACAUGGAUUGGAGCUCAAGUUCCUGAGUUUGAGAAUAGAAGCGUUUGGUUGGGAUAUACCUAUUCCAUGUAUUGGGCAAUUGUCACCCUCACAACGACUGGAUAUGGCGACCUACAUGCAGAGAAUACAGGGGAGAAGGUUUUCUCCAUCUUCUACAUGCUUUUUAACAUUGGUCUUACAGCCUACUUGAUCGGCAACAUGACCAAUCUUGUUGUCCACAGUUCCACUCGAACAUUUGCCAUGAGGGAUGCCAUCCACGAGAUCCUUCGGUAUGCAAGCAAGAACAGACUUCCAGAAGGACUAAAGGAACAAAUGCUAGCACAUGUCACACUCAAAUUUAAGACAGCAGAACUUCAGCAAGAAGAAGUACUAGAAGACCUACCAAAGGCUAUAAGAUCUGGCAUUGCACAGCAUCUCUUCCGUACAACUGUAGAAAAUAGCUACCUUUUCAAAGGAGUCUCUGAAGACUUUAUCGUCCAGUUGGUUCCUGAGAUGAAGGCAGAAUAUUUUCCACCCAAAGUAGAUAUUGUCAUACAAAAUGAGAUACCAACAGAUUUCUAUAUUAUAGUAUCUGGUGCAGUGGAUGUGAUUACAAAUAAAAAUGGAAUGGAGCAGUUCCUGUCAAAACUAGGGUCUCCAGAUGUGUUCGGAGAAAUUGGGGUGAUCUUCAAUAUUCCCCAGCCUUUCACAGUGAGAACAAAGAGGCUUUCUCAGGUUAUCCGGAUUAGUCACAAUCAUUUCAAGCAAUUGGUGCAGCCACUUAUGGAAGAUGGAAAGACAAUCAUCUCAAAUUUGCUUCAGCAUCUAAAGGACUUAAAGAAGGAGGAGCUAGAGGAGAUGCCAUUUGUAACUGAGUUGCUUGGCGAAUCAAAACCUGAGGCCCAACCAACUGAGGAACCUCAGAAUGGUGUCGGACCAAGCCAAGAAGCAAACAGAAUCCCCAAGCUCUAUACAACAGACAUGCUUCCAAUAAGGGUGAUACUCCAUGGGCAUCAUCCAGAUAUCAAACAAAAAGAAGAAAAUGGGGGAAAACUUGCACAUCUUCCUAAUUCAAUGGAAGAGCUUCUGUCAUUAGCAGAAAAAAAGCUUGGGAAAAGAGGGACCACGAUUCUCAUGGCUGAUGGCUCUCAAGUGGAAGACAUAAAUGCUUUAAGAGACAAUGAUCACUUAUAUAUCUUUUGAGAAUAAUUAACUUGAGAAAGUACAAUUGCUCAAGUACUUUGAUGGUUAAAAAGUACGCCACCAAAUAGUAAUGUACCAAAUUAUAAUGUGUCA